AUGAGUUUCCUCGACUCUGUUCUCUCGUCCCUCGGGCCGACGACCAGGCCUCCCCAAUCCCCGCUCUCUCAGCCACCUGCGUCGCCAGCUUCGUCCUCCGUUCCGAAAAAGGACGACCGUAAUCUUCCCAACCUUCCUCGAGCAGCGUCAACUCGGCCAACACUAUCAAAUGAAGCUACAGGCGGAAACUUCAACGGAGCUACCAAGCGCAAAGCCGAGGACCAGCUCCCACGCCCUUCCAGACCUAAUCUUCAACCUCCCGCUAAAUCACCCGCUGUCCGGCCUGUGAUUUCGUCCGGAACAGCAAAAGCUGCCCCGUCCGUUCCCAGAUCAGCAUCGGCCCCCGGUCUUAAGGAUAAGACUGCCUCACCCAACCCCGUCUCCAAGAAUGGUACCCCGGGCCCAAGUAGGCCAGUUCCAACAAAGCCAGCUCCUGCUCGCGCUGCGCCCGCCAAAGUCAUUCCCGCCAAGGCUGUUGCCACCAAACCUGCAGCUCCAGCAAAGGCGCCACCGAAGGGUUCAUAUGCCGCUCUGAUGGAAGCAGCCAAGGCUGCGCAAGGCAAGGCACCGACUCAAGUGGGUGUGAUCCGAAACCAAGCAGCGCCCAAAGAGAGGUUAAGCAAGGUGGAGCGCAAGCGACGACUUCAGGAAGCCCAAGAGAAGGAGAAGGCGGAGCGCAAGGGCAAACGAUAUGAACCUAGUUCGACAACCAGGGGCAAAGUUGCCCCGAAAAAGGCCGAGUCUGAUGCACCUUCGUAUAAGGGCACAGCCAAACCCUCACGUACCCCAGAGCCUGUUUCAUACCGUGGAACUGCGAACCUACCAACUAAUCGAAACUCCAACGAUCGACGAUCGCAUGGCAAACGCCGCCGGGAUGAAUACCUCGGAACCGAUGAAGAAGAAGAGGAGGGCGAUUACGGUGCUGAUGACUACGACAAUUACUAUUCUGACUCGUCUGAUGAUAUGGAGGCUGGAUUCGAUGAUGUCUUCCGCGAAGAAAGUCGUGCUACAAAGGAUGCCCAACGGGAGGAUGAAGAGGAGCUACGGAUGGAGAUUCUCGCGAAGAAGGCGAAAUUGGAGCGCCGAGAAAAAUUGGCAGCGCUCGCCUCUCGAACCAAACGAUAG